AUUUCUCCACCUGUCAAGCAGCAGUACAGGUAUUAUCUAAGCUGGGCCUGUUUUCAAAGACUAAAACUGUGGAAAGGCCCCUCUGGCACUGACCACACUGCCAGGCUCUUUGCAACCUAUGUUGAUGUUGGUUUGCCAAAGUGCGGAUAAAAUCGGAGCUAAAAAACAAUAGUGCUUUCAGUUCAUGUAUUUUAUGAUCUAAUCAUAUAUUUAUUAUUGCCAUUGAAGGUGUUGGCCUAUCUUUUUUCUUUACCGUGUCUUUAAUCAAAUCACAGGUAAUGUGUCACAGCUGAAAAACUGAGAGAAAUCUGUAUCAGUAUUAUAAAACAAAUUGCCGAUAUCGGAUGUUUACAACGUUUAUCCCCUGGCUCUCCCCUAAGUAAAAGUGGACCACCCGAAGCAAGGCUCAAGCCCAACCAAUGAAACGAACAGGCUGGGAGAAAGUUGUCAGUAAACACUCUGACAGCCCGUUGCUCGUAUAAUAAAAGCGUUCAGUGGAGUGAGAUGAGAUCGCGCAGCCCCUCCUCCUGUAUCGCAGCAAGAUUCAUCUCCACUUUUCAGUUUAUUAACGAACGAAAACCUGCAAGAGUCAGACACAGGGAUAGUAGUUUGUGCUUGACCAUCACAAGCUGAACUAUCGCGAGUUGGCAGAGGAAAGAAAAACCUACCAGCAGUCAAACUAAGACAACGCCGCACAGUGGCUACCAUAAUACUCGUGCUUAUUCUAUAGCAAAGCAUGUUUUCCUUGGAACGUGCGGUAGAGUAGGGUUCGCCAGCUGAGAGAGUCCCCGCAAGCGCCACUUGAUCACGCGUGAUGGUGGAGAAACAUUCCCCUCACGCGGUGGAGUUUUAUCCGGAGACGAACAGCAAGCCUGAGCCAACAAAGAGGAGAGGGAAGAGAAAUAACUCGGUGAUGCCAGUCAUCAACGCGGAAGCAGAGCCGGGGUCGUGCGCCGGAUGUGGCGGAAGGAUCGUGGACAGAUAUUACCUGUUGGUGGCAGAUAGACAGUGGCACGUGCAUUGUUUAACGUGCAGCGACUGUCAACUUCGGCUGGACUCGGAGCUGACCUGCUUCGCUAAAGACGGCAGUAUUUAUUGCAAAGAGGACUAUUACAGACGAUUUGGAAUAAAGCGCUGUGCAAGAUGCCAUCUUGUAAUAUCACCGAACGAACUCGUAAUGCGAGCAAGAGACUUGGUCUACCACCUCACAUGUUUCACGUGUGUGACUUGUAACAGGGGGUUAACCCCCGGGGAUCAGUUCGGAAUGAAAGAUACUAUGAUAUACUGUCGGACACAUUAUGAGCUGAUGCUACAGGGGGACUAUUUGCCGGCUCUCUCCCCCACCAUGCCGGGUCUGACGGCCCAGUUACCCUAUUACAACGGGGUUGGAGCGACACAAAAAGGAAGGCCCAGGAAGCGAAAAAGUCCAGCGCCUGAUCCGGACUCGUGCCCGUCUUUGGGGAUGAGUUCGGGAGACAACGACAGCGAUCAUCAUUUAGACGGAACUUACUCCCAGGGUACGCCCAGACAAAAGCGCAUGCGCACAUCCUUCAAGCACCAUCAGCUUCGGACAAUGAAAUCAUAUUUUGCAUUAAACCACAAUCCGGAUGCAAAAGAUUUGAAGCAGCUCGCUCAAAAGACUGGACUUUCUAAGCGCGUUUUACAGGUCUGGUUUCAAAAUGCUCGGGCGAAAUAUAGGCGGAAUCUGCUAAAACAAGAAGCCAGUAUGUCAGACAAAAAACAAACAGACGGUGAGCAAAACCAACAGUCUCUAACAGAACUUUCAACAGAUUCCCGGUCACCUCCGUUAUCGGAAAUUAGUUCAACGCCAUCUUUGUCUGAUCUUCAGAAUACCUCUAUUGAGCAUGUGCAGGACCACAGCGGAAGUGCCAGUCUCGGGAGUCCCGCACUCACGGACGAGGGAGACAGCGUCUUUAAACCAUCCUUAACAAUGUUCAUGUCAUAGGAGAUUUUAUAUAAAAAUGGCAUUUGUAAAAACGGACAUUUUCCACAUUAAGUCAAAGAACACUUUUACGGAAUGGUUUAAAACCGUGAAUUUUGAUUUGAAAUAUAAGUGAUAAUAAAAUGUUAAAUGGCAGUUUAUACGUAAGAAUAUUUUACACUAACAUAAAUAUUCUAUUUUGCUAGAUGUUUACAGGAAUCACAAUAUGUGAUAUGCCAUUUGCUGAAUAACGCUUCAGGGUUUGAUGUUGAAACAAAGUUUUGAUAUUACUCAGAUAUAGUUGUUAAAUGUGAGAGCUAGAUCUGGAUUCUACAUCCUUUUUUCUUUCAUUUUUUGUUGUCACGUUUCUAAGUCGUGGAUGGAAUUGUGCGUAGGGUUCGUAAAGUGGCCAGCAUAACAAGAUCAAGAUGAUAAGGGCAGAUAUGCCUCGCUAGUUUUCUGUUGAUUGAAAACACUAUAUUUCCAGAAAUUGACAAAGAUUUACAGAAUAUCAGUGCGCUGGAAUCUGAAGUUCCUAGACGCUGCCCGAUAGUAGGCCUACUAGUUAUUCUUAAUUAAAGUAUCUGCUAAAGUUUAACGUACCGCUACCGUUAAUUCCUUAUAAUUAGCAAAUAUAUAAGUGCACUGUGACAUUGUACGUUAAAGUAGUUCUAGAAAACUUAACAGACAACUGAUGCACGUUUCUGACACGGUUAAUACACUUGGGGUACGUUGUAUACCUGUAGGCCAAUAUCUUUUCAUGGGGACAUUUAUCCAGCUGGUAAAAAUACGUUUUAAGUUAUAAUUUGUAUAUUUUUUUCCUGUAAAGAACUCACAGGAGAGCUUUGCUCUCUAUGGAAUAAGGCCCUACUCAGUGUCAAUGCGUUGUCCGAAGCACGGCGGAUCACGCGACAAGGAAGAAGCUGUCACUGCGCUCGGUAGGACAGCGAUGACGCAUGCGCUGAGCGUGGCAGAAGAAUACGGAAAGGCUCGGAUGCAAUCUCUAUAUUGUGCAAUAUAUCCACGCAAUUUGGACAGUGACGCUUUCAUUCGUGUAACAAUCUGUUUAAAUUCGAAGUGAACAUAGAUAUGCAUUUUUUUUAAAUUCUAUUAAUCUUUUCUUUCUUUCUUUAUUAUUUUUUUUUGAGAAUUUUGUUUUAAUUCAAAAGGGUUUGAUGAGACUGUCUGUUUGAGAUGUUUUGAGACUGUCAGAGAUAUAUUACAGCUUCAGUACAAGCGGAAAUAGUAUAACAGAUUCAUGAUAUUCCAAUGCCGUAGAGAAUUCAGUUGCAAAUAAUAUGUUGAUAAAUAUUUAUUGUGUUUACAGUGCUUUCCAAAAGCGAAAGAACAAUGUUUGUAAAAAGAAAAAUUUACAUUGUUGUUACAGGAAAUAAAUUGUAUAGUAGUUGUGUACGUCAAACAUGAAAACUUUCAUUUUAUGAUUAUUAUUAUUCUUGUCAAAGAAUCAUAAUUCUACUCGAGUUGAAAUGGCGACCCAAAGAAAAAGACAAGAAAAAUAGUGACCGCUGGGACUAACCUCAGAAUGUGAACAAGUGCCAGCAAGUCCUGUUUUGCCAUUAACUACAGAUCAUAUUCUACUUUUCACAUUCUUUUUAUUUGAUAAUUCCGAUCACGUCCUAUGCAGUGGUGUAUAACUGUGACCCAAGUUCAACAAAAUCACACGAUGACCAGAAUUAGUGACCUGUUAUGCGUUUCUGAAUUUGUAACAUUUGAUUUUUAAUACAAAAAUA